GUGGGUCUCUACGUCUUUGCAACAGGCGGACUACGUCGUUAUCAAGGUGAAUCCUCUCCCAAGUGACAUUGCAUGUCCCGUCUGCCGUGAAGGGCCAUUGCAUGAUGAGAUAGCCCCCGGUAGUCUCGGCGUAAAUGAUUGCAGCGCUAGCAAUUAUUUGCUGUUAUUAAAGUCGAAAGGUCAAGCUUCUGCCUGACAUUCGUUCGAUCGCUAUUAGGGAUUCUGAGUUGCAACCUGCGACAGUCCCAUGAUGACCUCUUCAUUCGGCUCAAACAACGAUGUCUCCCAACUGGGAACAGCCCUGCUCCGCAUCUCCCCACUGGUCAUAUCGUCCGCAUCCUUGAUGUUCAGCUGGUCGCAGGACAUCUCUCUUGGGGCAUUCUUACACCCCUCCUUACGGCACGACGCAGCCCACCCGAGUGGCAAACUCCUCCCUCGAUACCUGCCCGCUUUCAUGGGUCCUGGGAUCUGGGGUAUCGGCUUAACCUACCCUCCUGCCACCGUCCUUUGUGUUAUCAAUGGGUUGAGCCGUCAGAGUCGCGAGGCUCGCAACCUAUACUUUGCCGGUGCGCUGUUUAGCAUCGCUCACUUUUGCUGGGGCCGACCAUUCCGAAAUGAGGACGCGCUCCAGGAAUGGUUGCCCAAGCACCGCGCACGAACACUGCUGGUGAAUGUUCCAGCCUUUCUUUGCAUCUUGGCCGCCACCUUGGUCACCGUCACCGAGGGGCUUUCGUGAAAAACCUCGGCGCUGACUCGGGUUGAGCCGCUCGAUGGAUCGCCUCCCAUCUUGGAUCAGUUUGAUACAUCCAAUGUAUGUACUCCGUAAUGUCUCUGUAUUGUCCUUGGAUCAUGCAUACAAUAUCAGCAACGGCCAGUGUGUGACGCGUCUUUGGCUAUUGGCUAUCUUUUUAAUUUCAAACCAGCCUGAACUAUUCCAUAAGAUCAAUACACAUCUCGCCAAUCCAUGUCAUAGGUAUUACGCUGUAAGGAUCAUUCUUGGGAUUCUGAAAGGUAUUAAGUGACGACAAUUUGGCUACUGUGUAAGGAGUCAGUAAGGCUAGUUGUAUAAGUUCAGAAAUUACUACAGAACGUAAAUUAAUCUG